UUAACAGUCACAAGAGAGAGCGAGUCUGUCUAUAUAAAACCCCAAAGCUCGCCGCUAACGUAACGACCAAUCUCCAUUACUCGACGACUCACCCCUAAAAGAUUCAACCUUUUUUCAGAAUUCCCAAUUCAGAAGAUGAAGCUAGUGGAGAAGAAGAUGAUGACUACUACAACUCCUACGACUACGGAGGAGAAUGGUGAAGAAGAUAUCUGCCGCACGAUCGAGGUUUCGGAGGUUGACAGAAACCGGUUUCAGGCUCCGGAUGACGGUGAAGCUGAUGAUGAUGAUGAUACGUUUCGAGUUGUCUCCGGCGAAGAACUUAACCUAAUUCCGCCGCUCAACUUCUCCAUGGUCGAUAACGGUAUAUUCCGUUCUGGAUUCCCUGAUUCAGCUAACUUCUCCUUUCUCCAGACUCUUGGCCUCCGCUCAAUCAUAUACUUGUGUCCUGAGCCUUACCCAGAGACCAAUCUCCACUUUCUUAAAUCCAAUGGAAUUAAGCUUUUCCAGUUUGGCAUUGAAGGCAAUAAAUUGCCUGACUUAGACAACGAGAUUUGGUUGCAUUUAUGGAGUUCUAAGCAUCAGAAAGAGGGUUCAUUAACUAAUGGACUUUUAAAAACUUUGGUAUAUAUAUAUUAACUAACUAGUAACUGAAACUCACUACUAUUUGUUGAAUAUGUCAAAGUUUAUUUUGUUGCCUAAUUGUUCUUAAAAGUCCU